AUGCAAUGCAAACAACGCGAGGAGCUGUCAAAGGCGACGCUAUGCCGGGAGAUCAACGACCUGUUGGCUCAUCUAUUCGGUAACGACAACCCGGCCGCCUACGCGGCAAUAUGCGGAGCCCAGGACCACUCAUCCGUCUACUGCUCGCAUUUCGUCGAAGAAUCCGUCUACAAUGAAACCAGGGGCCGGCCGUUCUAUAUGAAAAUGGUUGGCGAGUACGCGGCCCGGGACGUAUUGCAGCCGGCAUUUCGGGAACUUCUCUACGAUCUUUACGACGAUUUCAACUACGGUGACAUCUCGGCGGUGUUCCUCUGGCCAAAGCUGUGUAUGACGAUAGUUGGAAAGUGGAACCCCGUCGUUGAAGCGACUCGGAUACCAAAAUUCGAGUAUUGCUUAGUGGCCAAAAAUUGGCUUUCUUUGCAGAAAUGGACCGGCAGAUGCGAGCGCCGGGCGCACUAUUGUGGUCAGAAAGAUCCGAAACUCUUGACGGAGAUCUCGUUCGGCUUCUUCUUCCAUAUGUGCAAGCCACAUCCGACCGCUAUUGAGCGCGCGUACUGCUUGAAGGAGAUGCUGCCAUCGUAUAUAUCUCUGUUUUUGGAUGGAGGAAUGGACAUGUUUUAUACCGUUGGAAGCGCUGCGCUGAAUUUUGUGGAAGAGUACGUUGACGGGUUGCCGGCCGAGAUCUUCCGGCCCCUCUUUGACAGUUGUCGGAUCGACCAAUUGAUGCAAUUCGAUAACCGAACCCACGAGUGCAUGGGCCACUCGCAUAUCGUCGCUUCGGACCGAAAGUACUGCAGCAAAAUCAUCGCCGUGUGCUCGCGGCGCGACUCGAAGGCUUGUCGUUCUGUAGGCCGGGCUAGCGCCGUCAAGAGGAGCACCGGACAACGUUUCACCAUCUACAUCAUCGGCUUCGGGCCCCUGGCUUUCCUUCUUCUUGGACUUUUUUGGUGCUGCCCGUACGCGGAGAGCUGGUACCUCCGCCGACAAUACCGCAAAUACGAGGCCGAGCUGCGGCUGUUGAAUUCGAAAUCCCGGGCGGUCGCCUCCGAAUCCACGACGAUGUCGAUGGCCACGGUGAUGAGCGCGUCGACGAGCAUUUCGGUGGUCAAGUCGAGGCCAAGGUCG